CUGACAGUUCUGAAUAAACAGUGUAGAAUGCCAAAGAUUGGGAUGCUGUUGUGGUCUUCAGUGAGCAUCCAAUCUAUGCUAUUUGCCUCGUUUAUUAUUCCAUAUUCUGAAAAGAGCUACUGACUGUCAUUUUCAAGUUUGAUUUAAGCGUUGAGAUGUGUCUAGAAAUGCUAGUGUUUCCUGGCUCUCAGAAUUCACUCCUGCUGUACAAAAUUAUGAUGUUAUAGAUGGGUGUAAAGAUAUCAAGCUUUUAUUUCAUGUAGUGAACAAGAAGCAUACAAACGGAGAUAUGUAUAUUUAGUUGGUCAUGACCAAAAUAACAAGCAUGGAGAGCAACAGGAUGUGUAGGACCAAAUUAUAGUGUUGUGGUUGGGGGAGUGAGCCUGAAGAAAGUUAAAAAAAAAAAAAAGAAAUUGAAGAUGAGAGAGAGAGAGAGAUCGACAUGGACUGGUUCGGAUCCAAAAUCUCUGUUGUGCCAUCCCAUGGAUUAAUUAGGAUGAGGGAGAUGCACUCCUCCAAGGAGAAGGAAGGGAUGAAUGGAAGGAGUGUACAAGUGGUUGUUAAAUGGGAAUCAAAUACAAUCCAAUGCAAUGCAAUGCAAUACAGGAGUAGAUGCUGCUUUGCUCCAUCUUCAUCUUACUCCCACGCGAGUGUUGCUUGGCGGGCUCUUGAAAUUUCAAAUAGUCAGUUAUUUAGAUUGUCUGGACUGGGCAUGGAUCAAUCUUGGACUGACAACAAUGUAGUCUUGAAUUGCCUGCCUUGAUCUUCUUCUUCACUUGGAUUGGGUUUCCUAAAAGUGGUGGAGGGGAAAGCGCCAUUAAAUGCUCUGUUCUUGUGGAUUGGUGCCGGCCUAAAGAGACGGCGUUGUCAUUGUCAUGUGAAAAAGUGGAUUGGAUCAGAGGGUAUUCCAAAAGUACAAACAAGAAGACUAUGCAUGUAUGAUAUACAUUUCAUUACGUAGUUACCACCACCAGUUCCAGAUCCAGCAGAUCGGUGGCCUUAAUGACCCACCCCCAGUCUCCCUACUACCAUACCAAGUGAAUGAAUGAGCUCCUCUUUUUUGUCUUUACUCUUCAGGGGAGUGUGUUAUAAGAUAUGUAUUGAAUAAUGGAUACAGAGGGAGGGAGGGAGGUAGCCAAGCCAGCUCUCUCUCACUCACGAGAUACAAGCAGCAGCAGGUGUCUUCUCCCCACCGCUGCUGAUUAACUAACUGAACCCCCAAAUAGGCAAUAACAGCAUAGAUAGAUAGAUAGAUAGAUAGCACAACUAAAAAGAGUAUUCCAACCAUCUCCCUUAAUUUUCAUCACAUGAACCCCUUCCUUCCCUUCCCUUCCCUCUCCUUACCUAUUGAACUCAUUUAUUCAAAGCACAAGCACAUUUUGAAUCCUAUAAAGCACCUCCUCUCCAAGGCAACCUUGCUAUCCUAUCCUAAUGGUACCCUGUGCUGACUUGAGAAUGGGAAGGAGUAGCAGUGCCUUCCUUCUCUUUUGUUUGAUUUUGAUAGGCUGCGGUAGCAGCAUGGCCAAGAGGGAUUGCCCGCCUCCCACCGAUCAGAUCCAGAGGCCCCAAGUCCCCUGCUUUUUCAUAUUCGGAGAUUCACUAGUCGAUAAUGGCAACAACAACAACAUCCUCACCCUUGCCAGGGCUAACUACAGACCUUACGGCAUCGACUUCCCAGAAGGGGCCACCGGACGUUUCACCAAUGGCCGUACCUUUGUCGACAUUUUAGCUCAGUUAUUAGGCUUUCCCAACUACAUUCCACCCUAUGCCAGGGUUCAGGGCCGAGCAUUACUUCAGGGAGCCAAUUAUGCAUCAGGAGCUUCUGGAAUCCGCGACGAGACUGGGAACAAUUUGGGAGCCCAUACGUCGAUGAACCAACAGGUUGAAAGCUUUGCCAGGACGGUGCAGCAGCUGCGUAGGUACUUUAGAGGAGAGACUAAUGGCCUGGGCAACUAUCUAAGCAAGUGCAUAUUCUACUCAGGAUUAGGGAGCAACGACUACCUCAACAAUUACUUCAUGCGCGAUUACUACUCAACCAGUUCUCAGUAUACUCCUCAAGCUUACGCUGCUUCCCUCCUCCAAGAUUAUUCCAGACAGCUUACGGAGCUGUACAACUUGGGAGCCAGAAAAGUAGUUGUGACAGCAGUUGGACAAAUAGGGUGCAUACCGUAUGAGCUGGCACGAUACAGUGGUAAUGGCAGCAGGUGCAACGAGGAGAUCAACGCUGCUAUUACUCUCUUCAACACAGGCCUCAAAAGAUUGGUCGUCAGAUUCAACAGGGGGGAGCUUCCGGGGGCAAAGUUUGUGUACCUGGAUUCGUUCAAGAGCAGCCAAGAUCUUGUCAACAAUGCAAGAAGUUAUGGAUUUGAAGUGGCGGAUAGGGGAUGCUGUGGUGUAGGGCGAAACAACGGGCAGAUAACGUGCCUCCCCCUCCAAAUGCCCUGCGAGAACCGCAACAAAUACAUAUUCUGGGAUGCAUUUCAUCCGACCGAAUUCGCCAACAUUCUGCUUGCAAGGAGAGCAUACAGUUCCACGUCCAAAUCAUAUGCGUACCCGAUUAACAUACAGCAGCUAACAACGCUCUAAUAUCUACUGUGGAAUUUUCGAGAAUUAACAGGUGGAGUUUGAUUUUCAGACAUUUAAUGGUGCGGUAAGUGGCAGAUGUACUCCACACUUCACACUUACUUUUAUCCAUCUAAUAAUAAUAAAGGAUGGUAGUAACCA